CAUUUUCUUUGAAAAUUGGUGUUACAUUUUUAAAAUAUCAAACAACAUUCAAUUGUUUCUCAAGUUGAUUAGAUGUGGAUACUGAAAGACUAAAAUCUGUCAUUAAAGCAUCGCACAUCGGCCGAGAAUCAUAAUAUCAGAUUGACGCAUAACUAUUAUAACUAGCACAACUAUCAUAAAAGAAUGAAGCACGACAUUGGAAAUGGCCGCAUUGUUGACGUACUGCCUGAUAUUAAAACAAAGAGAAAACUCAUUGCCGAUGUAACAGCCUCCUUAAAGCACAGCGAGGAUCCCUUUUUUCUGGUGGAUCUUGGAGACAUUAUCAUCAAGUACCACACGUGGAAGGAGCUGUUUCCUCGAGUUCACCCAUUUUAUGCUGUCAAGUGCAAUACGGAUCAUACAGUAAUCAAGCUGCUAGCGGACCUAGGCGCCUCAUUUGAUUGUGCCAGCAAGAUCGAAAUUAAAACGAUUUUGAAUCUUGGUGUGUCGCCAUCUCGCAUUAUUUAUGCGAAUCCAUGUAAACAGGAAUCAUUCAUACGCUAUGCGGCGAAACACAACGUGAACACAAUGCCGUUUGACAACGAAGCAGAGCUGUGCAAGAUCAAACAGUUCUUCCCAGAAGCCAGACUGGUUUUACGCAUCUUGCCUCCGGGUAAUUUCAAGGUUCAGGUUAGAGUUGGAGACAAAUUUGGAUGUGACCCAAAGAAUGCUGCCAACCUACUGACGAAAGCCAAAGAACUUGGGCUCAAUGUCGUAGGAAUUUGUUUUCAUAUUGGAAGUGGGGUUGAGAAGGCUGAAGCAUAUGCUUCAGCAGUUGAGCAUGCGUACUACGUGUUUGAGUUAGGGCGGGAAAUGGGUUUCAAAUUUGAGCUGCUCGAUGUUGGAGGAGGAUUUCCAGGAGUGGAGAAUACAACACUCACCUUCAGAGAGAUUGCUGACGUUCUCAACACGGCGUUGGACAAAUACUUCCCAGAGGGCGCUGGAGUAAAAAUAAUAGCAGAACCGGGAAGAUACUUUGUUGCGUCAGCCUUCACGCUAGCAGUUAACGUCAUCGCCAAACGCAUGGCACCACAAGACAAACCAGACUGCGAUGAUGGCCAAGAAAUGCUAGCAUCACCGAACAGUGAGCCAGGGUACAUGUAUUAUGUUAAUGAUGGACUGUUUGGCUCAUUCGGCAAUCUACUGUUUGAUCACGAUACGGUCCAACCACGUGUAGUCCGGGAUUGUGUUGACGAAACCAUGUUUACCUCAACUAUCUGGGGACCAACUUGUUGCGGAGUUGAUCUUAUAGUGGAGGACUAUCGCCUGCCAGAACUUCAUGUUGGAGACUGGCUCUUCUUCGAGAACAUGGGAGCUUACUCCGUGUGUUUGUCGACGUCCUUCAACGGCAUGCCUCAUCCUUGGUGUUACUUGCAUUGCACCGAGCAGAGCUGGUAUCAUUUAUAUUCUGUCCAGAAGUAAACAAACAAGGAUUUCAUCAAUGGCUGUCCCGGUUCUCAAGAUGGACUUGGAGUGAUUUCACCCGACCUGUGAUCACAUACAUAUGUGCUGGUGUCUCAAAUUUGAUAAAAAUUUAUUAAGUUCUGUUCUCUAUAGAAAUAAUUCUCUUUAAAUAAAACAACAUGAUGUUUUGUCGUUAUUUAUUAUCUGAUUACAUCUAGACCUGUCAACCAACCUGGAUUCAGCGGGAAUCUCCCGGUACUUGAUUACGUCUCCCGUUCACCUUCCCGGGAGGAUGUUUCUCCCGGGAGGAUGUUUCUCUCGUAUAAUUGCAAUGUUCUAAGAAUUGUUUUUUUUAAUUCCAACCUACCGUGGUCGUGUGUUGACAGUGAGUACUGCUAAAUAGAAAACUGAACUUGAUCAAAUUGAUUUUUGCCAAAUAACACCUCUGUCUUAUAAAACAUCUCCACAAUAGACUCCAAUGACAUCUCCCAUUAUAUUAAGUCUCGGUCAGUGGCUGUACGUUAGCACAUACAUCUGAAAACGGCAAUCACACGUCAAGGCAAGUCAAAGAAGAGACCAGUUAAUUAAAUGAACAAUCAUUAUAUCAAGGUUUUUAUUUUAAAUAAACUGUUUGCUAAAAGAGUACAUUUUGAUUAUUUUUGUGCUAUCAAAAAAUGAUGUGUUAGAUAUUUAGUUACUCACAGAAACGGCUAUAAUUACGGUAUAUUUCACACUUGGCUCAUGAUUUCACUAAUGAGUUUAUACUAAGGAUUAAAGAAAAUGCAAUGUACACUGCAUCAUUAUGAAGAUGUUUUGAAGUUUCACAUUACUCGUCUUUACCAGAAGUGUAAACUGGAUAUUAUUUUUUUAUGAUAGAUUUAAAUAAGUUUUGUCUUUAGAUACUUUUCACAAACCAAAACUUAAUGACAAUUUAAAGUACAUAUACAACAGCAUUGGCCUGUCAACCAGUUUAUAAACAAUUGUUGAAAACUGGAUUUUGGGGGCCAUGUAUUCUAACGAGUUUUCGGGGAUCGACCAAACUCCAAACCACUCCCCCCCCCCCCCCCCCC